AUGGACUAUCUAGUGACCGGCUCAUUGAAAGGCUUCGAUCAGUUACUUAAUCUCGUAUUAGACGAUACCGAAGAACAAUUACGAGAUCCAGAAGAGAAUAAACUCACGAAUGAAACACGUAAUCUCGGUCUUAUUGUAUGUCGUGGUCCCGCGGUGAUAUUAAUAUCACCAGUGGACGGGACUGAGGAAAUUCCGAAUCCUUUUGUGCAACAAUAG